CAAUAUCAUAAUCGCAAAGGACGGCUUGGGUGCAAUAUAUGGUACGCCUCAACAUCUCAUGUUCAAAGCAUUAAAACUCUGUUAAUAGUUCAUCAGACUGACGCAGAAGAUCCGUUUUCCCAAUACUUUCCUUUGGGAUUAAUAAAACAUUUCUGAAUCAAAUUUAGCCAUUAAAAAGGCCUUUCAGUCCCCGUUGUCUUCGUUUUUCUCCCUGAUAUCACUCUUGCUAAUGAAGAUCCUAAAGCUCCAAGAGAGCAGUGAGGACCGUGAUAUGAUGGAGAGAAGUAUAGAGUUGUGUGUUCAAUGUGGUUAACUGAUAGUAUUUCCUGUUAUAGUAACACACAGGCAUCAGCCCACCAACCCUUCUUCAGUAACUACCAUCCACGCCAUUAGGAGGGCCAGUCUGGACCGAACCUGGCACCACACUGUCAGUAAGGACGGCUGGGAUCUCCAUUGACUGGAUCCGAUCAUAAAUCUGGAAAUUCUGGAGCUCCAGUCAACAUUUCUUAUCUGACGGUAGUACCUUAUUAACAGGCACAUGGGCACAUCCAGUUAUGCUUCAUAAUACAAAAAACAUGAGUGUUUAAUCAACCUUCCAAUGCUGUCUCCGGAUAACUUGAUGGAUCUAAACACCAGUGGGUGUACUUACUCUCUUCAGGGGUACUGUGCUUCUGAACCAGUUGUAGUCAGGAGACACUUUGAUCUCCUCCAUCUGAGCUGUCACAUGCAGGCGGGACUGAAUCAGCUCGGAAAGGGCUCCCUCUCCUCCGAACAGCCAGCGAACAAAACCCGCUACUAGCUGCUAACGCUGCUCACAAAUUCAAAGGGGUCGAGUCGCCACUUCACGCCACUGCUGCCGUCCUGCUGCGGGUGGCGGUGAGUCACGGUGCCCGAGAGUGUUCAUCCAUGUCACGGUUGCAUGUUUUUUGUAUCUUCAGGCUGGUCUUAUGGUCUUAUGACUCUUUUUUACCUACUUCCGCAAAGCGUCUACCGCGACUCACGCAAAAAGGUGCGUUUAGAUACGACCGGAAGUCGGAAAACAUAGUUUUUUUUGGCUGCAUCAACCAACCACGGAAUAUUAUCUUCCUUGUUUUGCUAUUUAAAAUCAAAAGAUUUUCGGCUGUGUUGCAGUUCUAUUAAACGAUUACAACUGCCCACACGUAUUGCAAUAUUUUAGAACUAACAGAACCAUUACAUUUACAUUUAUAUUUCGUCUCUAGCUUUUUUUUUUUUUUUUUUUUUUACAUAAAAUGUCCAAACCGGGAGCAAUCCUGUUAUGUUUGAAAUUCACUUCAAGUAUGUGGCAUUAAUUUAUAACUGGCGCUACCUGAAGAAACUGGAAGACAUAUAAGUCCACAUAUUUACGAAAACCACUUUUCACAUUUUUUUUUAUUUUAAACGCUCAGAUAUUCUGAUGUUACUGAAUGCAACAAACUUUUCUAGUAUUUGCAUGUGGCCAUCUUUGAAAGCCAUCAGAAAUCUAACUACGUCUGUUAAACAAAAAUGAACAGUACUUCAAACCAUAGACAUAAUAAAAGUUAUUAUGGCUAUGCUUCAAACUUCAUUUUGCCUUUUUUGUGUUAGUUUGACAGGGCUGAUGUUAUACCGCCCUCUAUUGCUCUGGAGCGCUUCACUGUCCAACAAAAAAGGAUUUUGGAAUAUGUUCUGCUACACUGCAGUCCAGACGGUGGCAGUAAAUGCACCAAAAGCUAGUUUGUCUGCCGCCAAUCGGCAACAGAAGAAGCGGAUAAUCAUGGCUGUAUGAAGGUAGUAAUGGUCAGUCAGCAUGGAUGGUUCAUAUCAGCGCGGACAGGCAGAUGCUCCCCAUCUUCAUCAUGUCUUCGAAGGAGGGAUACAACAGCCCGCCUCCGAGCAGCCGAACCACACCGCUCCACCAUGGAUUCCUCCUACGGCUAACUUCCCCGCACCUCCUUCUGGGGGAGCAGGUUUCGGUACAUCUCAGUGUCCCCUUCCUUAUGGAUUCGACCCAUCUGUCCCUCCGCCUAAUUUUGUCUGUCCUCCUCCGGGACACUUCCCGGGAAUGGCGCCUCCCGCCCCUGGAAACACGCUCCGUAGCCCUGCAGUCCCUACGUUUCAGGCUGCGUCCCAGCAGCUCGGCGCCGCUCCUUUCCGGGCAGACUGCGGACUCAGGCAGCGGGAGGACUAUCGCGAUGGAGGCCUCCCCUACCGGGGCUCAUCGGGCCCCCCACAGCCUCAUCCUCUGCAGCGGGAAAGCAGCUGGGAAACUGCAGCACACCCAGAGGAUGAGGAGGAGCUGCAGAGGUGGCAGGACCGCCAGUGGUUAACCCGGUUCCUCCAGAGCCGAGGUGGACCUCCCGACAACCCGCAGGAGCAGCGGUCAGACCUCGGCUCUGUCCCCGUCUUCAAAGAGGCUCUCUACGGCGCAGCUCGGCUGCUCUCCCGGCUGAAGGAGCUCUGUCUCUCUCUCCAGCACAAUCUUCACUCAGACAGCGACUGGUCUGAGUCCUAUCAGAUGGCUUUGCACAUAAAGAGAGAAGUUCAGGCCAAAGUUCAGAAACUCACUGACUCCCAGAAUUUAGAUCUACUUAAAGUUAAAGUGGCCCGCAUAGCGGAGAGGAGGGCCCGGGGCCUGAGGGCCAAGAAGGACCGGCAGGUGGAGCAGGUGCUGGCAGAAGAACUCAGCACUGAGAAAGAGGCCUCCAUAGACAAAUGGAGGAUGAGACAGAUACAAAAAGUAGAAGAAAAGAAGAAGGAGCAGGAGCUGAAGCUGUCUGCAGACGCUGUCCUGUGUGAGGUGAGGAGGAAGCAGGCAGAUGUGAAGAGGAUGCAGGACAUAAUGAGAUCUCUGGAGAAGCUGCGCCAGCUCAGGAAGGAGGCAGCGUCCAGGAAAGGGAUCGGCACAGAGCUGCAGUGUGACGAGGCGUUCAGUGGUCAGCUGGAGCAGCUGAGGGGUGUGAUGAAGAGGAGGACGGAGCUGUACUCGGCCGAGGAGAAGGCUCUGAUGGUGAUGCUGGAAGGAGAGCAGCAGGAGGAGCGGAGGAGGGAGCAGGAGAGGCGAAUCAGGAAGGAGAGGGAGCGGCAGCUGGAGAGGAAGCGUAGGGUGGACUCCAUGUUGUUUGGAGAUGAGCCUCCAGCUGAUAGCAUCCUGCAGCCCUUCACUGACUACUACAGCCAGGCAGAGCACUCCCUGCAGGCGCUCAUACACAUCAGGACAGACUGGGACGUGUUCCUGGUGGCAGCAGAUCAUCCUGAUGGAUCUGGGGUUCCUCAGGGCUGGGUACUGCCUGACUCUCCGUCUGACCAGAACUGGGCCUCGGCCCUGCAGGCUGCUGAUCCUGACGGCCUCUGACUCACAUCCAGUCAGCUGGAUCAGACAAUGAACUCACUUUAUAGCGAACCCGUCUUCUUUAAAGAUGGUAUUUUCAUUAUGUGGAUUCUAAUUUAAUGUUACAGUCAUCCUUGAGAUGGGUUUGGCUUUUUUAUACACCAAAAUGUGUAUUUUGGACAUGUAGUUUGAUGUUUAUGUGGAGGGGGGACAUCCAGCGUAAAAUGUCUGCCAAUUCCAUCUUCACUCAGCUGUGGAGUGGGACAGGCUGGUGACUUUGGAGCGAUAUUUCAAAACAACAAUGUUCAUUUUCCUUUUUGCCAGCCUAUGCAUUUGAAAAUAUAGCAAAAUGAAAACAAUGUAUUUGUCAGUUUGAGUCAUGGCUAAGUGGAAGUAAACUCCAAAUUUUAAGUUUUUGCAAAUUAAAAAUAAAAAAAAUUGAACCCUGGUGCUCAAAGUGGCUGGAUUAGAAAGAGAGAUGAACGGUGUCUGGUUUUGCUGGUUUUGAACCUGGCCUGCAGACCUGACUGGGAACAAGCCAUUCUCCUCAGAGGUUUACAUGUCCUGUUGUUUACCUUUAAUUAGGUUUCAGAAAUUAAUGUCUUUUUCUGGUAGAGGUAACAUAUGAUUAUGUAAAAGUUUUAGUUUUUAAUAAUUUCAGAAUUAUGGCUUAAAUCUUUUAAUAUGGUUCUGAAGGUUAUAGGAUCUCAUUGAUGGCAGUUAUUAUAGAGUGUAGCUAGUUUGUCACUAUCCAAAACUUCCUCAGCGUCAUCUUGAAUCAACUUAGCGGUUUAUAUUUGGACACAGUUGGGUGUUUCAAUAGGAUAAUAACCACCCAGACAGGUUUUGGAUGGAUUAAACUGCAUAAUAUCAGGUGAAUGAAAGGGCCAAGAUCUCAACCCUUGUUAAAAUUUGUGACUUAAUAGAUUCAUCAGUGCCAAGAAACCUACAAACCCACCAAUUCAGUAAUUCACAUAAGAGAAAAAUGGAACAGCAAAGCAUAAAGUUACCAUGAAGACCAACAUCCUCUUCUGUGCACGUCGUUGGACUAAAGCAGGUACCACUUUCUGCCAGAAGGGGGCAUUUUAUUAUAAAAGUGUAUUGGAACUCGGUACGUUCUACUGCCUGGCAGUGAUACACUUCUGCCAGGCAAUAGAUGAGUUUCAUCUAUUUGAAGUGACUGUUAACAACAAAAAUGUAAACUUGCAAGGAAAUAAAUGUGGUGCUC